AUGGGAAAGGCAAAGUUUGCAAGUGGCUUGGGGUUUAGAGAUUUGGAAAGUUUUAACAUAGCCUUACUUGCAAAACAAGACUAUAGAUUACUACAAAGACCUGAUGCUCUUCUAAGUAAGAUUCUGAAGUUCAAAUACUUUCCUCAUUUCUCAUUUUUUGAAGCUAAAAUUGGAUCAAACCCUUCCUAUAUUUGGAGUAUACAUGCAACAAAGAAUUUGGAAUUAGAUAGUGAUGAAUAUGUUUUUGCACUCAUUGACCUAGAUCAUAAGUACUGGAAUACCCCAUUGAUUGAUUCCAUAUUUUCAAGUACAGAAGCUGAAAUUGUUAAGAAAAUUCCUAUUAGAGCUUAUAAUUGUCCAGACAGGGUUAUUUGGAGAUGUUUGAAAAAUGGUAUAUUCUCUGUAAAGAAUGCAUACCAUUUGCAUAAGGAGAUGGUAGAGAGGGCUAAAGGACAAGGAUCAAGUUUUAAUUCUCAAAAAGAUACCUGGCUGAAUAUCCCUAAUGCAACAAAGGUAUUUACAUUGAAAGCUUGCUUAGAGUCUUUACCUACAAAGGCUAACCUUUUUAAGAAAACAGUUGUUGAGUCUCCAGAUUUCCCUAUUUGUUUGAGUGAAGCAGAAACAAUCAUUCAUACAAUAUGGGAUUGUCAUGCAGCUAAGGAUGUAUGGAGCACUUCUUCUAAGAAAGUCCAGAAAAGUGGUUUGUUUGCAUCAGGUUUUAUGCAGAGUUUCUCCUCUGCAAAGAAAAUUUGGCAGAGGAGAAACUCCUUCAUUUUUCAAGAUAAUUUUAUCCAUCCAAACUUGCUAAUACAGCAGGCAAAACAACUACUAACAGAAUAUCAAGAAGGUCAAGCUUCAAAGGUAGUUUCCAAAGGUGCAUCAAAAAGCAAUCAUACUAGCUGGGAACCUCUUCCUUUAGGCACUGAUAAGGUGAAUUGGGAUGCUGCAGCCAAACAUGAGGAUGGUAGAGUUGGCAUAGGUAUCGUUAUAAGGGAUUUUGAAGAAAGGGUGAUAGCUUCCAGAAGCAUGCAAAGGUAUAUGCUUACUAAUUCUUAUACAGUUGAGUCUCAAGGAGCCCUACAGGCCAUCAUUUUUGCAAGAGACAUAGGAUUCAGGAGGAUAAUCUUGGAAGGGGAUGCAUUGCAAUUCAUGUGA